UUACGGGUUUUAGAAUUGAAAGAGGGGAGAGAGAGAGAGAGAGAGAACAAGGAGCAAUAGCGGUUGUCAAUGGCAACCUUCUCCUUUGCCCCCUCCACUUGUCCUCUUCCUCCACGCGCUUUCAAUCGCCUAUCUCUUUCUCCUUCACUCUAUUCUCUUCCCCUUUAUUCCACCAAAAUUCCUAAUAAAUCAUUAACCUUAAGAACUGUCUCAAUUGUUGCUUCUUCUUUUGAUGGUUUCAGUGCCAGCAAUCACAAUUCUCCUUCCAAGAAAUCAGUCCUCUCAAAUUUGAUACAAGAGAUAGAGCCCCUGGACGUGAGCCUUAUUCAAAAAGAUGUACCACCCACAACACUUGAUGCUAUGAAAAGAACUAUAUCAGGCAUGUUGGGCUUGCUUCCAUCGGACCAGUUUCAAGUUCUAAUUGAAGCUUUGUGGGAACCAAUCUCCAAGCUUUUGAUCUCUUCAAUGAUGACUGGGUAUACACUACGAAAUGCAGAGUACAGGCUUUGUCUUGAAAAGAACCUUGAAAUAUAUGAUAGAAACAUUGGUAGAGAAAAGCCUCUAGAUUCCAGAGUUGGAGAUGGGACAUUGCUGAAUGAAAAUAUAUCGAGCAAAAAAUCAGAACAUAAACAACCAUCAUCAGAGGGGAAGACUGAACUUUCACCUGAUAUUCCAGACGUUGGUAAAAUGACCCCUGAAGCUCAGCAAUACAUAUUAGACCUACAGACUCGCUUAGGAUCUUACAAAAAGGAACUUCGUGAAGUUAAGAGGAAAAGUGCAGCUCUUCAGAUGCAACAAUUUGUAGGUGAGAAGAAUGAGUUGUUGGACUACUUAAGAUCAUUGCUUCCAGAGCAGGUUGCUGAGCUCUCAGAACCAACAUCCUUGGAAGUAAAGGAGACCAUCCAUUCCGUAGUCCAUGGACUACUCGCAACUCUAUCCCCUAGAAUGCAUUCUAAGGCCCCUGAUUCAUCAGAUAAUACCUCUGCAGGAACUGUAAAUGGUAUAGCUGGAGACUCCAUCGAUCUUGUCGAGAACACAUCCAUUCACUUCCAGCCUCAGAUAUCAUUGACUAGAGAUUAUUUGGCUCGUCUGUUGUUUUGGUGCAUGUUGCUGGGGCACUACCUUAGAGGUCUAGAAUAUCGGGUGAAGCUUACUGAAUUAUUAUCCUUGCCAUGUGGGUUAGAGAGUGAAGGUUCGAGCAAUUAGCUAGUUGAUUUGACACUUGUUUUUAGCCAUAAGAGGCCGAGAAAGGUAUCAAUUAGCAAGUUGAUGGAGCGCUCUUGUCUUGUUUAACUUGGUUGACUCUGUAAAUAGGCGAGUUUGUUUGCUCGUCAAUUGUACACGCUUGACUACAGUGUGCUGGCUGAAAUAUGGUUCUGCAAAUGCUAGGCGGUUCUGUAAUUAUUUGAUGAAAUACUCGAUUACUGGUCGUUGUACUAAUCUGUCAAGUAGGUCUAUUCCUGUUAUUUUGAUACAAUGCUCGUGUGGAGACUGUUGAUAGCAUCUAAAAUAUGUAAUUUGAUGUGUGACUAGGUGAGAAAGUAUCUUAAGGCUUGCAACUAAUGCGAAUAUGUUCAGGAUGUACUGUUCAGAAUUCAUUAUUAUAAUCAGAGAAGAAUAAAAACUUAUUAUGUUUA